UGGCCAAUGAGAUGUCGGCGCAAGAAUGACCGGCCUCUUGUUAAAGGGAGCGUUUGAAGAGGAGCUGCCAGUCCACCCAGAGAGAGAAAAAGAGAACGAGGGAGCGUAACAAAUAGCCGAGAGAAAGAGAAAGCCUCUAGAGCAGCUAGUAGGACAGCUAAUGCACUCACCCUCUGCCAGUCCUUGCCUGUGCGGUCUCAGCAGUACGUCUAAGUCUCACAUCACUGAACAUACUAUUCCUAAAACUUCACGUCAAUCAGAAAAAUAAGGAAGAGAGGGUGUUUACCCCCAACUCACGUUUCCACGGUGGGAAUCCGUACGGCAACUUUGGGACGCCAGCCAAAUGAAACAGCAACAAUCACACAUAAAACAGUAAUUGGCUUAUGAUUUGCGAGAACAGGACAAUUACUCAAGUGAGUAUGCGAAGACGAUUGUAUGUCUAGUCACAACUGGUUUGUCGUGUUCUGGAAGGAGAAAAGGUGAACAACACCUAACUCAGAGCAUUACUAUUUCUCCACCUUUCCAAAGAAAUAAUAAUAAAGAAGAGCAGUAGCUGCUGGGACUGUUUGAAUCCAGCGUUUUCUUUAUGUCCGUUGUUUUACCAAGCUUCCGUAACCGCAGCUGUUAAUUUGGGGAUUUGAUCGAAAAGUGAGCACUGAACAGGGAUCAUGUUGCUGGAUGCCGGACCCCAGUUCUCUGCCCUAGGAGUUGGCACUUUUGCACGGCAUCACUCGGCAGCAGAUAUGCAAGAUCGAGACUUAGGGUUGGCGCAGAAUAGCUUCGUGGAUUCAGCGCACAUGGGGGCUUUUAAACUCAACCCCGGGGCCCACGAUCUGUCUCCAGGCCAGAGUUCUGCUUUUACCUCGCAAGCACCAGGUUAUCCUGCAUCGGCCUUGGGGCCCCAUGCUGCCCAUGUGAGCUCAUAUUCCGGCACACCUUUCAACUCUACUCGGGACUUUCUGUUUCGUAGUCGAGGCUUCGGGGAGUCGUCCCCGGCAAGCAGCCAGCACGGCAUAUUCGGUCCCACAGCUACGACUUUACAUCAUCCACACACGGACUCCCAGAGCCAUAUUUUGUUCCCAGGAAUCCAUGACCAGCAUGGGUCCCACGCCUCUCCCAAUGUCCUGAAUGGUCAGAUGCGCCUGGGGUUGGCAGGGGACGUUUUCGGCCGUACGGACCAGUACCGCCAAGUAGCUAGCCCACGGACUGACCCUUACACGGCAGCUCAACUCCACAACCAGUACGGCCCCAUGAACAUGAAUAUGGGGAUGAAUAUGGCAGCCCAUCACCACCAUCAUCAUCCAGGGGCUUUUUUCCGGUACAUGCGACAGCAGUGCAUAAAACAAGAGUUAAUUUGCAAGUGGAUCGACCCCGAGCAGCUGAGUAACCCGAAGAAAUGUUGCAACAAAACUUUCAGUACCAUGCAUGAACUAGUUACCCAUGUCUCGGUAGAGCAUGUUGGGGGUCCAGAGCAAAGCAACCACAUCUGUUUUUGGGAGGAAUGCCCCCGUGAAGGCAAGCCGUUCAAAGCGAAGUACAAACUGGUAAAUCAUAUCCGAGUUCACACGGGAGAGAAGCCCUUUCCUUGCCCCUUUCCAGGCUGUGGUAAAGUUUUUGCUCGUUCCGAAAACCUUAAAAUCCACAAAAGAACUCACACAGGCGAGAAACCUUUCCAGUGUGAAUUUGAAGGCUGCGACAGGCGCUUUGCCAACAGCAGCGACAGGAAGAAGCACAUGCAUGUCCACACAUCGGACAAGCCAUAUCUCUGCAAGAUGUGCGACAAGUCUUAUACUCACCCCAGCUCUUUAAGAAAACACAUGAAGGUCCACGAAUCCUCCCCCCAAGGUUCAGAGUCUUCACCUGCUGGCAGUUCGGGCUACGAGUCCUCCACCCCACCCGGCUUGGUCUCUCCAGCUCCUGAAAGCCAAAGCAACAAUUUAUCGCCCGCCACUUCGGCCGUGCACAGCAGCAGUGCUCACAACAGCCUGACCUCCAACUUUAACGAGUGGUAUGUCUAGGGUGGACGAUUCUAAGCAGGCCCCCUCUGUGGAUGGCAGUGACCCCUUCCCUAGCCCUAAGACAUUGUGUGCACAGCGUGUUACCACGUUUAGAACAAAAACUGACAGCAAGGACGCUCAUAAGCGACAAAAGAUGAAGGAAAACAAAUAAUAAAAUAAACUGAUAUGAAGCCAUUGGACCUUGUGAAGGUAUUGCAUCUAACAGAAUCUACAAACAGGCAGAGCCCACCCAAACUCCUGGCGGUAUCUUUGUACAUAGUGAACAUCCUUUCCUAAGACUGUGAUUUUUAACUUUGAAUGGAUUAUCGGUGUAUAGACGUUUGCUGCAUUGUAGCCUUGGAUCAUUUCUUCCAAAAUGAUGGGCAUUUGACACUGUUCAGUCAUAAAAAAAUAAAUAAGUUGAGAACGUUUUGUUUUCUUUUUGUAUUGUGACGGUAUUUCUUGUGUUCCUUUUACAAGGCUAUUUGAUUGUAAAACUUCUUGCAACUAUAGACUGGAAAAAAAUCGUGCCAAAGUAUAAAUCAUAUUACAUACAACAAACAUCUAACACAAAACAAUUGCUUGUGAAUGUAUUUCUGUUAGCCGGGGUUUACAUGUGCUGUUUUGUGCUUUGAAAGUGAGAUUGUUAAACACUGAUCAGAAGAUGGGGUGGGGGAUAAAGGUAUGUGCCCUUAGCUUUUUGUGACACCACCCUUCCUUCUGUAAAUAUCCAUUGCCAUAUUUAUCCAUUUGUAAUUAAAUUAUGGUAUUAACUUGCUACAGAGUAAACCAUAUUUAUAAAGAAUGUUUCUUAACUAUAAAUAUGUACAAUUGUGAGCUUAAGCUGUUCAAAUUUUUUUAUUUGAGGAUUCAAGUGUUUUCGUCAUUCCUUGUGUUUCUGUUCUGAAAGUAACAGCAUACAAAAUAUAAUAAAUGUGUCUAUUGCACGUA